GCAAGUCACGAGCGAGCUACGACGAGACGGACCCAUUGCAAUAACUUUUCAAACAAGUUCUCAUUAACCUUUUUUUAAAAAAAAAAAAAAAUUGGAGCUAAAGACAUGCAGAAGUUCAAUUCCACCGGUACCCACGGCACCACGCUGCCCCGGGACGCGGAGCUCCAGCUGCGGUUAGCCGACGUCGGAGGGGCCGGGGACGGAAUGGAGAACGGCGGUGGGAAGCAUUUCCUCUCCCAAUCCGAGGAGGAGAGCUCGUUUUGCACCAAGAGGAAGAUGCUUGUCGGCUUGGAUGUAAUAUGCCUUUGUGUCGCCUCCAUCCCAUUCUUUGCGUGUGAGUUGAAGGCAGUGACUCCGUACCAGCGAGGCUUCUUCUGUGGAGACUCCAGCAUCACCUAUCCCUACAAGCCGAGAGAGGCCAUCCCCGACGUCCUGCUCAUCGCUGGCGGUAUAGCCAUCACUGGUCUAACGAUCGCUCUGGGCGAAUGCUACCGGGUGCGUUACCGAGGUGUUCACUCCCGGGCUUUUGUCCGAAACUGCUACGUGUCGUGUCUCUACAAGGAGCUGGGAAGCUUCCUGUUUGGUUGCUGUGUGGGUCAGUCCCUCACCAAUAUGGCCAAGCUAAGUGUGGGGCGCCUGCGACCAAACUUCCUGGAUGUCUGUAAUAUCACCUACGCGUCCAUCAACUGCACUCUGGGCAGCUAUGUGCCCAAGGUCUCCUGCCAGCAGCCUGAUGAUAUGGUGGUGGAAGCAAGGAAGUCUUUUUUUUCCGGCCAUGCUUCCUUUGCAAUGUACACCAUGCUCUACUUGGCAUUCUACCUGCAGGCGCGGUUGUCGUGGCGAGGAGCGAGGCUGCUGCGCCCACUAAUACAGUUCCUCUUAGUGAUGAUCGCCAUCUACACCGGCCUGAGCCGCAUCUCCGACUACCGCCACCACCCCACCGACGUCCUCACAGGCUUCAUCCAAGGAGGGCUCACUGCAUACUGGGUGGCCUUCUACAUCUCCUCCAUGUUUAAGCCCUGCGCCGGUCCAGACCUGUCUCCCACGAGCAUGUCCCUGGAGAGUCCACUGUCCAGCCAGCAAACUGUCUGUUAGCAGGCACGUGCAAUCAUUCCAGGAGGGGGAAGAUAAGAGAAGACGGCCUACAGAGAGUCAGGGAGGGAGUCAGAUAGCACAGGUGAGGAGCAGAGAGAAGGUUUCUGAGAACGGGAAUCAUUCUCAGAAAGAAGGAUAUGAUAAGAGAGUACAGUCUAACACAUUGCUUGCUCUUUUUUUGGGGCAUACUGACACACAUACUGUACAUUCACACAGUAAUCUAAUGUUCACACACUCACACAUGUGAAAUACAAGAAGCACAUUUGACUGUUAGUCAAACCCGUCCAGUGAAAAGAACUGCAAUAGUUAUAUUACAGAUAUUUUUUAUAUAUAUAUAUAUAUAUGAGAAAAGAAAUGGAAAAAAAAAAAAAAGUCUUAUUUUUCAAGAUGAUUUUUAGAAGCUGCUAAAAGUUGAUAAUGUUGGAUGCUGGUGAUGGAGGCAUUUGGGUCAGUGCAGUUAGGGAGCUUUCAAAGCAGAACUAGUGACGAGGAGGAGGAGGAGGAGGAGGAGGAGGAGCGAGGAGAAAACGCCAGCCUCCUCUUUGUUAUUGAUCUCGCGUUCACCUUGGAAAACAUCCGCCAGCAGCUAUGAACUGGGACCAUUAGUCCUCAGGUGCAAAGGCAGCUCUGUACCAAGUGAUACGGAAAACAAGCACUGGCUUCAACUUCGAACCAUCUGUACCUGCUGUUGUGCCACUGCUAUCAGACUGCCCUCCAUCGCUACGACGAUAACCUGAACGUAAGCGAAGAAGAAGAAGAAAAAAAAAAAAAAAAAACAGUAUUU